CCUUGAACGACGACGUUUCAUCUGUAACUUUACCAUCAUCAUCGUUGUUCUUACCCGAAGCCGGAUCUCUUCGUCUGCGUGAUCGGAGGAUCUGCAAGAGUUCCUUACCCAGAAGAACAGAGAGAGAGAGAGAGAUUCGCUGCCUAAUUUAUAUGGCUUCUACAAGCAAAUUGAAUCCUCUUGAAGAAGAUGAUGAUGUGGAAGAAGAGGUGCAACAUUUCGAUGAUUUUACUCUAGCUUCUUCAUGGGAAAGGUUCAUUUCAGACAUUGAAGCAACUUGUCGUCAAUGGUUAGCCGAUGGUCCCAAUAACCUGGUGGAAAAAGGAGCCGUUGCAGUAGAGGAUUCAAAGAAUCUGUUUACGGUCAAACACGAACUGAAAAAUGUCUCAAAGAACUAUUGCAUGGAGUUCUACUUUCAAAUUGAUAAUAAUGGUAGCCAACAAGCUGGAAUUGAUAAUUGGAACAGUAAUUCACAUGAUCUCCAGCUUUGCUUUGGGGUUAAGGAUUUUCUGCUGAUUGCUCCACAAAGUGCCAGUGGGGUGCUGCUUGAUACACCAGAGUCGAGCAAGCUUCUGAGUGCAGUUGCUAUUGCUUUGUCUAACUGUGGCAGCUUGUGGCCAGCCUUUGUCCCUGUGCACGACCCUUCACGCAAAGCACAUAUUGGAAUCCAGAAUAUGGGCACUGUUUUUACUAGAAGGUUUGAAGCAGAUCGUAUUGGCAGCCAAGUCCCUGUGAAACUCAUGCACCUGGAAGGGCUAUAUGAGUUGUUUGUUUCUAAGUUUGUUUAUUCAGGAGUGGACUUCUCAAUGCAUAACUUCAGAGUCCACUUUAUGAUGAGGCUAACAUACCAAACCUUCCCAUAUGACGAGGAGGAUGACGAAAAUGAUAUGGAUGAGCUUAUGGGUGACAAAGCAGACACUGCGGAAAACUAUGGCUCUGAUUCACGCAACAAGGUGCUCUGGGACGAUGACUGCCCUUGGAGUGAGUGGUACUCUGCUGAAGAUCCACUUAGAGGAUUCGAAUUGGUGGUCACAUGGGCUGACAGGACUGUAGAAAGCACCCUUGAGAUGGCUGAACUUGAAAAUGCUUCACCCCAUGAUGCUGAGAAGUGGAUUAUACACCCAAUCCUUUCACCAUAUCUGGGUGAUCCUUCACAUGGGAAAAGAAUUGAUUUUGCUUCCCAACUACUUUGCUUAGUUGAAGCACUGGAUAUGUCCUUCACAGCUCAGUUUAUGGAGGAUUUCGUGUCAGUGGAAAAUCCAAGCUCUGACAAUUUAAAGACCGCAGUGGUCAUACCUCCUCCGUCUGUCCUUGAUCGGGUGAUUAAAGAUCUCUUUCGUGAGGGAUCUAAACUCCCAGAUUUUACAAAAGGCGAACACAGGUUUUCUCGAGCUCUCAAGGCUGCACCGCUUGAAUCUCUUUUUACACAAUUCUGUUUGCACUCACUGUGGUUUGGCAACUGCAAUAUCCGUGCCAUUGCCUUCCUCUGGAUAGAGUUUGUCCGUGAAGUUCGAUGGUGUUGGGAAGAGACACAGCCGUUGCCGAAAAUGCCAUUCGACGGUUCUAUUGACUUGUCUACUUGUUUGAUCAACCAGAAGUUGCACCUGCUUGCAAUCUGCAUUGAAAAAAAACGUGAAAUGAAUGAAGAGUUCCUAGACUGCAUAGGAAGUGACGACAGUUCAGAUGCUUCUGUUUCUGUGGAGGAACACCACAAGGUCGACAAGAGAAGAAAUACAUCCUCAGAAGCAGAUCUGCAGAGGAAACGUGACAGUUCAAUUGCAGAAGAUACUUCUAAUCGACUCAGAUUUGAGAGGAAAACUGAACGCACAAAUUCUGUGAACCAAAGCCCAACAGAUGCCAUCAGGAGGGGCUCAGCUGGACCAGUGGGGACCAUGAUGCUCCUGAAGUCACAUCAGCGGCUCCAUGCCCCAUUUACCCAAGAUCCACCUCUUAUGACUGAAGACAUGCAUGAAGAAAGACUCCAAGCUGUUGAGGCGUUUGGUGAUUCCCUUAACGUUCCUGGCCAGCUGGAGAAAGACAUCUUAUUAUCUGAUAUGUCAGCAUUCAAAGCGGCAAACCCAGAUGCAGUGUUUGAGGACUUUAUCAGAUGGCAUUCACCUGGAGAUUGGGAAAGCUUUGAACCUAAAACCAAUGAAACAUCAGCAGGCCCCAUCACCGAAGGCUCGAAAGAUAUAUGGCCUCCUAGUGGUCGCCUUUCUCAACGGAUGUCUGAUCAAGGAAACUUAUGGAGAAAAAGUUGGUACGAUGCACCCGCUUUGCCAGCCGAUGAUCAAAAGCCUCUCCUAGACCCGAACCGAGAGGGAGAGAAGAUUGUUCAUUACCUGGAAACAGUGCGACCUAAUCAGCUUCUUGAGCAAAUGGUCUGCACAGCCUUCAGAGGAUCAGCCGACACUCUUAACCAGACAAACUUUGGGAACAUGAAACAAAUGACCUCUAAAUUGGAGCAACUCUACCUCAUCAUGAAAUCUACUUUGGGGGCUCUACAACGCAACAAUCUUCCAGAUAAAGCAAAAACCGUCAAAGACCUGAAACGUCUCUGCAUGGCUUUUGAAAACGUGGAGAAGUUGGUAACGGUCGCGGCAUCUAUUCACAGAAAGUUCCUUGACGCAUCACGACUUGCUCAAGUAAUAUUCAGCGACUUCUACACCAUUUAUGCUCCAACAAUGGGGAUGAACUCAAAUGACGAGGAGACUAAAAGCAGAACGGAAAUGGAAGUAAGUAGACAAGAAGUGAGUUUGAGAGAGAGACAAGUGGUGUCGAACCUGUUUGCGCCGCCAUCGGCGAACCAAUCAUGGAGAAAGGUGCUGAGUAUGGGGAAUCUUCUAAACGGACAUGAACCCAUUCUCAGGGAGAUCAUAUUCUCCACGGGAGACGAUGUCAACAACGGCAUCCAUUACGCGGCAGCUGCGGACGUGGCGGCCACCAGUCACGGGAAGGGAGAAGAAAUCGAGACACAUCGAAUGUACGUGUCUGGAACAUCUAACGAUCUCCGGGUUGGGCUCUCUAUUACUUCUUGUGAUUGAUUCUUUUUCUUUAUAUAUUUAACCUUACGAUACAAUCAUACGACACAUUUGUUCUCUAAUAGAAAUUAGUAAAUGAAGUCCUGCUUGAACAAAUUUCACGUAAAAGUUUUGUUUUUUAUU